CACGCGGAACAUAUAACACUUCUCUCACACACUUCGCACCACCGUUUAUCUCUCCAAACGCCGCCGGCGCCGCCGCAAUGGAAUCGGAUGCAUCCAUCAUCUCCAAACUCCAAUCCCCAUCGCCAUCCGACAUCCACCGCCUCUUCACGGCCUAUCUCCACCCUUUCACUCCAUUCCUCGCGCCUUCCGCCUCCAUCGCCAAAAAGCCGGCCAAAUCUUCGAAAUGCAAACCCAAAAUCGAGCUCCCCGCCAUCCGCCCCCUCGCAAAACAGUUCAUAUCAUUCAUACACAAGGCCCUCUCUCUCAUCCCCAAGCGUCUCUGCGAGUCUCCUCAAAUCCCCCAAAAUUCCGCCACGGAAUUGUUCGACAGCUAUCGCCUCUGCCUCGAUUGCCUCGAAGUGAUUGCUCCCGAGCUCUCUGGGAAACAGCAUUCAGUUCAAGUCCAGAGGAUUCGGUAUGUUCAUUGUUUGGAGAAUUGGUGUUUGUUCGAAGAAGCGGAAGCUGAGGGUUUUGUUGUGCUGGAGAGGCUAAAUGCGAUUGCUGGAGGUGAAUUGAAAGGCAAGUUGAGGAAAUUGAAGGCGCGUUUGGUUCCUGAGUUGAAGGAGGAGGAGGAAGCGGAUCGAGAACUUGCUGCUAUAAUUUUGGAGGUCGUUGUGACCUUAGUGAAAUGUGUAUCGAAGAGAAGCAGCAAAAUUGAAGCUGAUUACCGGAGAGUCAUUUCUUUAGUGAACGAAUCUGAGUCGUGUUUCAAGAUAUUGGAAGCCAAGGACUAUGAGAAAUUCCAUCAUUUCUUGGAGACAAACCUUCAUAUAAUCACUGUAUUUUUAGUAGCAGAAAUAAAAUCAUUCAGUGUGGACUUGAUACGUGAGUUCUCCGCAGUCACCUUCAAGGAGUACAAGAAAUCAUGUGCUCAUGAUCAAAUAUACAAGGUUGCACUUAAGAUUUGUCAUUCUCUUUUCUCUCAGAGAGAUGGGCUGUCCACUGACAUCAUACUUGAUGUGUUAAAACAUGUCCUAGAUUUUAUGGCUGCGGAAUGCAAGGACGGAGCCGAAAAAUUAGCUCCAAGAUUUCUGGAACUUGUGUGUUACUGUGCAAAUAAAUGCCAAAGUGCAACUGUUGUUUUUUGUGAUCCAGUUGCUCAAUAUCUUUAUAGAUUAGCAAGGUUUUUUCACCAGGAUUUCCUCUUCAUCAGUUCUAUUCUCACUCUUUACGCAAGUGGAUUGUAUGGAAGCUCAUCAAACCAGUUGAAAGGGGAAGACUCUGGAAAAUGUGGAGCUUCUCUUCAGUUUUUUCUCAAUAACACAGAGAGGCUUCAACAAGUGGCUCUUUCUAUUAAUUGGUUGAACGAUCAUUUUGGUACUGCUGGCAAAGAAAAAAGUUCCUGUGAACAAGCAGUCUCACAUAUACCAUAUUGGGAAGCGCUCAAAUUUUUUUGUUUGAAACUAGCGGAGUCUAUUUUUGUAAAUAGGAAGGAAAUUUUCUCCGAGGCAGAGACUACAUCCUGUUGGGAAAAUUUAAGUGGCAUCCACGACGCAUUUCGUCAAUAUUGCUAUAUCUUCCUCAAUUGUCUCAGUGAUACUGAAAGGGAGAAAGAGACAUCUGGAGACAAUCACAAAGUAAUAUCAGUUGUAGUUGUGGCAGCUCUAAUGCUCUCAUUCGAAACAAACCAAAACAUCAAGGAGAGUACUCUAUCAGUAAAGCAUGUAAUUUCUGCACAGUGGGUCCCAAAUAAGAGGCUUAAGUAUCUGUAUGUUUCUCUGAAUAACAUAGCAGUAAUAUUGAAGAGUAAAAAGCGUCUGAAAGAGGCUUUUAAAGCUUUAAAAAUGUGCUGUAAAGCUUUAUGGAAUCAUAUUGUAGAUCUUUGUAAAAUAGAGAUGACCAAAUCACAAGUGUCUGUGGAUUACAUGUCUGAAAAGUCUAUUCCAGAUCUUGUCAUGGAGGCAUCUGAUAAAGUUGCUUUUCUACUGCAACUUAAUGAAGAAUGCAAUUUCAAGGUCAAUGGGAUAAUUAGAGAAAGUAUUAUAUGCUGGUCCAAUUCAGAGAAUCUGAUUGCAACACUACCAGCUCCUUUGUCUUUGAUAAAGGAAUGGGUAAAGAUACAAUAUAAACUGUUGGACGACAACGAGCAUGGAGUAAUGCUGUAUCCAUUGCUUUCAUCUUCUAAAGAGAUAUCUAAAAGGGCACUUGGAAAAUUAUUGGAAGAGGAGCUUUUUGCAUACAAUGAAAAGAGCUACUUGAAUCCAAGAUACAGUCUCAAAAUGAAAAUGAAAGUAAUCAAUGUCCUUUUGGAAGAGAUUUAUGUCACAAAUGAAAGUACUGUGGAGAAAUGCAGAGUUCUUAUUCAAAAGGCAAAAUCACUAAGAGCUCUAGGAUUAGAACAACUAGAUAAGGGCAUCCAGUGUUUAUCCGAUGCAGUUUCAACAUUGAAGUUAACAUAUGUCUCAAGAAGAAGAUGCAGUUCACAGGCUGAUAGUCUCCUUAUACAUGCUUACCUUUUGCGUGCUCUUUAUACCCACGAGGCAGCACCGCAGUCAAUGUUUUUAUCACCUGGAAGUGGUUUUCUUGAUGACAUUCAUGAUGCAUUGAAUCUCUGCCUCCACCCAGAUCAUUGCCAUGAAGAUGAACAAUAUGAAGACAUGCUGUAUUUAUGGUAUCAACUCAUUGAUUUGCUAUCGAUACAGGGUUACUUAGAAAUUCACCCCAGGUUGUAUGAUGUCGUGAUCAAGUUGUUUAACAAGAAGAACAUUCAGUUCGCAAAAACACUGGCUGAGCUCUGGAAAAAUAAGAGGCUUAGUCAUGCUCUCUGUGCUUCACCUGUAAAUCAUAUGUUUAUAAGCACAUUCUCUAAGCAUCAGAGUCAACUUUGUAACUCUUCCAUAUUUUGGACCAAGUGUAUGGAGGAGCUGAAGCCUCUUGUUGUCGGUUUCCAUCACAUCAAUAGUGAGAUCAAGCAAGCAGCUUCUGAUCUCAUUUCCAGUGUUCCAAUAACCAGUUGUGCGAGCUUUCUUUCAUCAAAUCUAUACUAUGACUUGUCUGCAAGAUUGAUAUCAAGCGGACAAAUGAUUGAGGCUCUUACAUAUGCAAAAGAAGCCCACCGCUUACGUAGUAAACUCUUACAACAAAAAUUUGAAUACUCAGUGGAGAAAGUGGUGGAGACAUUUGAUAUGAAAGGCGAGCUCAUUGACAAGAUACACUACAGUGUUCAGACCUUCAAAGUUAAUGAUUUUGUGGUGACAAAAGGUUCUUGUGAUUAUGAAGGCUCUGUCCUUACUCCUUGGAAUGUGCUCAGUUGUUAUCUUGAAAGCAUAUUACAGGUUGGAUUUGUUCAAGAGACUCUUGGAAAUGUCUCUGAGGCUGAAAUGCUUUUACAGUGGGGUAGAAAUGUGGCCCAGUUUCAGAAUUUGCCACUUUUUGAAGUUUCUUUUUCUUGUCUGUUGGGAAAGCUAUACCGCAAACAAAAGCUUUGGAGCUUAUCUGAAAAAGAAUUGUCCUGUGCAAAGAAAGGACUAGCAGAUAAUCUUAAUAACAUCUCCUGCAAAAAAUGUUUAUGCAUGUGGGAAAUAUCCAUUAAUCAGCAAAUUGGCGAUUUAAUCUUGAGCAGUUCUUGCUGUAGUGAAGAGCCUCCCUCUCCAAAGACAUUGUCUAGUGCCAAAAUAUUGUAUAAAUUAGCACUAGACAAGCUAAAUCUUUCUGACUGGGGGACUUUGUACUCUACUUCUGAAGAAUCUCUUGCAAAUGAUAAAUGUGAAAGCAAAGUUGAAGCGAGAAGAUCUAAAAGGACAAAAAAAGAAGCAAAACCUGCUUCUCAGAAACAGGACACUGUGUGUCGCCAUAGUCGUAGGAUUACUCGGUCUGUCCAUCGCUCUUUAGUUGAAACCCAUGAAAUUGAACCAGCGGCAAAAGAAACAGGUCCCUCUUCUGGUUCAGCCAAUGAGUAUCUGAUGGGUGUUGACUCUAAAAGCUUUUCUGCUGAUCUUCAAAGUGAAAUCAGAUCUCUUUGCAGCAAAAUGAAAUGCUGGCAGUGUCUUCACGUUGAAGCUGGUGAAUGCUGCAAUCUAAGCAUAUUUGUAUUCAUGAACUGGGAGCUUGUUCACAGAAAGCUUUCUUUAAGAUUACUUAUGAGCAUAGGAAAAUUUUCUGGCAUGAUUGGCUAUGUUCAUGAAGCGCAUGAAAUUCUGUUGCAAAGUUUAUCAGUUCUCUUCAGUAGAAAUUGUUCGAAGCAUUCUUCAGAUUCUCUUCCUUUUCUGAUUGAGUCGGUUGGGAAGUAUUAUCCUGAAGAUGCAUUGGCUGUUGAACGUGCAACCCUCCUUUACUUUAUUUGCUGGUUCGCUGUAAAAAGUAACUGUUACCAGUCUACCAGCAUUCCGUCAUCAAACAGAAACUUCUGCUGUGAGCUUUCUAGGAUUGGCACAGUAAGGGUGCAAUCCUUGCUGAAGUUGUCCUUUAUACUGUGUCGUGAUGUUCCUGUACUUCUCCAAAAAGUCUCCAGGUUGCUUGCAGUCAUAUAUGUGCUUUCAACCUCAUUGGAGCAAUUUUCUUUAUCUUCAAAUGAACAAGGUUCUGAAAGUCAGUGGGCUUCUUUCUUCCAUCAAGCUUCACUUGGCACUCAACUUAACCAACAAUUAUUAUCUGGGAUAAUGCAGAAGAAACAAAAUCAAAGUGCUGGAGUUUCUGAGGAUCUAGACUCUGUUUUAGACAUUCUGGAUUUUCCUCAUUCCCUCAGGUGUGGGCCUGAGUCUUGCGAGGACCUGGAAGAAUUUGUGUUAGAUUUUUUUCAGGGCCUUCCAUCAACUCCAGUCAUCUGCAUUAGCUUGGUUGCAGGUGCUGAUGCUAGUUUGCUUAAAGACCUCCUGCAUUGCUCUCCAAAAGUUCAAGCAUGGAUUCUGUUAUCCCAUUUGAGUUCGGAUAACCAACAUGUUGUACUUCUUCCCGUGCAUGAAAUUUUGAAAGAAGAAGCUUCAGAUGAGGAAUCUGGUUCCAGCUCAAUUAUCUACAACUGCAAAGAUUUUGUAAAGCAGUGGCAAUGUCCUUGGAUCUCCUCUGUGAUAGAUGACAUAGCCCCACUAUUUAGACAUGUACUGGAAGGAAAUUACUAUUCCUCCUCAGAGUAUUUCCUGGAAUCUAUUAGAGAAAACACAUCUCUGUGGUGGACACAGAGGAACAGACUUAAUGAAUGCCUCUGCAGAUUUUUGCAAGAUGUGGAGGACUCGUGGCUUGGUACUUGGAAAUAUUUGCUUCUGGGGAUGUGGCCAAGCUGCAACCAUCUGGACUCUAUAAAGAAAAGCCUUUCCCAAGAUGAGAUGGAUCUUUUGCAGCAUGUUGUAACAAAAAAAUGCUAUGUUGGUCUGACGUCCGAGGAAACCUCUAUGUUAUUGUUCAACAGCAUGCUUGAAAUGUCUGAUAGUGUUGACCAGGCUGAAUGCAUCAGUGGAAAGCCAAUUAUCUUGGUUUUAGACACUGAGGUGCAGAUGCUUCCAUGGGAGUGUCUUCCAAUAUUGAGAAAUCAGGAGGUUUAUCGAAUGCCUUCCAUUGGUAGCAUAUUUGCAACACUUGACAGACACUGCGAAAACCAAAAACCAUUAGAGUUGAGUGAUCCGGUUUUUCCUCUAAUAGAUCCCCUUGAUUCAUAUUAUUUGUUGAACCCGGAUGGCGAUCUAAGCAGAACACAGGUCGAAUUUGAGAGUUGGUUCAAAAAUCAAGAUAUAAUAGAGGGAAAAAUUGGAACUGUGCCCACAGUCGAGGAACUCUCUCUCGCCUUAAAAGACCACGACCUCUUCAUCUAUUUCGGUCAUGGAAGUGGCACACAAUAUAUCCCCGGGCACGAGAUUCAGAAACUGGAUGGUUGCGCUGCCACUCUACUUCUCGGAUGCAGCAGCGGCUCCCUUUAUCUGAGAGGAUCAUACAUGCCUCACGGGGCACCCCUCUCUUACAUACUGGCAGGCUCUCCUGUCAUUGUAGCUAAUCUGUGGGAGGUUACGGACAAAGACAUCGACAGGUUUGGGAAGGCAAUGCUGAAUGCGUGGUUGAGGGAGCGAUCAACAGCUUCGUCUGAGUGUGCCCGAUGCGUGCCCACAAAAUGUAUUCAUAGACCAAGGAUUGCUUCGUUUAUGGCUCAAGCUCGAGAUGCUUGCAAUCUUGGCUUUCUCAUUGGAGCAUCACCAGUUUGUUAUGGUGUUCCCACAGGAAUCAUUAAAAGAAAAGGCAAAAAUAGAUAGAAUAUUUAAUUUAAUGAAUCUCUAUUUCUAUAAAAAUGUUUUGUAUAUAUCUCACUUCCUAUGUGUACAUAUUCACAGGCACACUCAUGAAUAGGUGGAAAUUUAUUGAAGAAGUUAAGUGAUUGAUAGAGAUGGUAUAUCAGCAGAUUAUUAUUAGUAUUGAAUAUUUAUUUUUCUUUA